CCAGCCUAUCGCUCGUCGCCAACAGGCCUAAGUGGACUUCCACAACGGGAGGAAAAAAAUAAACCUGAAAGAUUUGUGGAUAUCGAGAUAAGAAAUUUUGGCUGCGAGGCGGUUGAUGGUGGGUGCUGCUUUGUUCUGUAGCUAAAUUGCCGGAAUUUCGGGGCAGUGAGGGCGGAAGAAAUGAGUUAUCGUGGCAUGUGGAACGAUGGAAACGACGGCGAUCGGCCGGCUGCGGGUACUCCGCUUUCGCGGCAGCCGUCGAUUUUCUCGCUGACUUUCGACGAGUUCCAAAGCACGAUGGGGGGGAUGGGGAUUGGGAAGGAUUUUGGUUCGAUGAACAUGGACGAGUUUCUGAAGAACCUCUGGAAUGCUGAGGAGAACCAGGCAAUGGCGGUCGCACUCGGUGGGGUAGACGGUGGCGCUGGCGUUCUCCAGCGCCAGGGAUCGCUCAGCCUCCCGAGGACCCUUAGCCUGAAGACCGUGGACGAGGUUUGGCGGCAUGUUAUGAUCGAUAACGUGGAAAGCGCAGGUGGAUCAGAUCUCCAGCAAAAGAGGCAGCCGACGCUCGGCGAGAUAACGCUUGAGGAGUUCCUGGUGCGAGCUGGGGUAGUGAGAGAAGAGCCCAACCCUACUGUAUCGACACCCGUGGUUAACAAUAGCAGCAACAAUAAUAACGGCGUUUAUUACGGAGACUUGUCGGCAUCGGGCAACAGCAACUCCGCUUUUGCCUUCAAUUUACCUCAGGUGGAACGCAGCAACGUGGGAGUGAUGCCAAGCUCCCUUCCAGGCAACUCUGAUACAAAUUUAGCCAUACCUGUCGCCGGCGCGACGCCAUACUCCGCGCAGCUACCAUUAGGCGCUAAUGUUGAUCCCGGAAGACAGCGGAGGAUGACAGGCGGAAGCGUCGGGAUCGUUGAUCCAGCUAUUAAUAAUGGUUUGAUAACAGGGAUGAUUGGAUUGAGAACUGGAGCUUUCGCCGUUGCGGGUGCGGGGCCGCCGGCAAAGCAGGUUACUUCUGAUAGACCUGCAAAGGGGAAAGGAGAUUUUUCAUCGUUGUCGCCGAUGCUCUUCGGGUUCAAUGGGGCCAUAAGGGGUAGAAAGUCCGAUGGUGCGGUGGAGAAGGUUGUGGAAAGGAGGCAGAGGAGGAUGAUAAAGAACAGAGAGUCGGCUGCGAGAUCUCGAGCCCGGAAACAGGCUUAUACCAUGGAGCUAGAAGCUGAACUCGCUAUACUAAAAGAGAAAAAUCAAGAGCUAGAAAAGAAACAGGCCAAGGUGCUGGAAAUGCAGAAAGACCAGAUUUUGGAGCUUCUCAAUGAAAAGCUUGGACCAAAAAGAUCAUGCUUGCGGAGGACAUAUACAGGUCCCUGGUGAAGGGAGCCUUGGGCUUUUAGGAGUCAAAAUUGGUGAGCGCACUCUGCUUUGUGGCAACGGUAUUGUGUACAGAGAAGGGAAAGGGAAAACUUAAUGUGCUGUAAAAUAGGAAUUUGAGUUGCCGUCCAUUGAUCUAUGGUCAUUUUUUAGCUUGUUUCCUAUUCUAAUCCGGCAGCAGUAAUCUCUCUCUGCUGCUACCGACUUUUUUUUUUUGCCCAGCAUUAGAGAAAUUAUUACGUGCGGAGUGCAGACGGUGUAUAGACUCCAAUCAGAUCAAGAUGCAUAGACUUUUUUUCUCUCUUUUGUAUAAAGGGUGUGUACAAGAAGACUACAAAAGAGAGAAAGUCUACGUAUCUUAACUUGAUUGGAAUCGGGAUGAAAGAUACGUUUUGACUCCACACUGAAUAAUUUCUCCUUAAUAUGUGUAUUAGAACAUGGCUUAACAUUAGAUUGGGUGAUGAGUGCUAUUUUCAUGCCAGCUCUUGUACAAUUGUACUCUUUUUUUAUGCUUUUAGAUAAAUAAUGCAACACUUUUCAAAUAAAAUUA